UUUCUCAAAAGAUAAUAAGCAGCUUGAUAGGAUAUUAAGAGAUCUUUUAUCAAAAUAUCUGACCAAUCCUAUGACACCAAGCGAUGAUUUAUCACAAACCGAGUGCUUUUAUCGCGGAUUGGCGUCUUUUUUAUUUAAAAAAUUUCACUUUUCUCGCAGAUUGCAGUCUGCUGUAUUAGAAGAAAAGGAUUUUUGUAAAAGAUUAAAGGAUUCUUUAUCAAAAUUUGUGGUAAAAAAAUUCAUGAAUUUUUUAUCGGAAAACAAGGCAUUUUAUGAAAAAUUAAUAUUUCUUUUAGCGCGUGACGAUAGCUUUCUUAAAGGGUUGAAAUAUGUUUUCUCAGACAAUCAGGACCUUUAUCCAAUAUUAAAUUUUUUUUAUCAAAUGAUGAGCUCUUUUAUCCAAUAUUAA